AUGGCGUCGUACCAGCAACAUCGGCCUUCGCCGAGGGCGCCGCCGCUGCAGCUCGACCAGUGGAGCAAUGCAAAGGCGCCCCUCUCUGGGCCGCAGCGCACCUCGGUCAAUCGCCUGGCCGACUGGCUGCACCGCAACUCUGCAGAGUACAAGGUGUCGCUCGCCGCCCAUCCACCUACCCAUCGGGAUCCUCCCGACGGACCACCCGCGUUGGCCACGGGGGUCACGCUCAAGGGCGAGGCGGUUAAGCCGGGACCAUCGGAGCGACUCCCGACAGCUUCGGAUGAGCAGCCGGCGUCGACCAGCACAGCCACAUCGACGACAACAGGAGCAGGAGCAGGAGCAGCAGCAGCCACAACGACAUCGUCCGGCGCCAUCGCUCUGCCUGACCCUGCCGCCCCCCUGGCCUCUGCGCAGGACUUUUUGGCGUGGUUCACUUCGCUCAGCGCCUCGAUCACGUCGGCCACGCAGACUUCGCACCAGCGGGCGCUCGCCGACGUGGCUGCCUCGACCGCCUCGGUGCGCUCGCUGCUGAGCCAGCUCGAGUCGUGCCAGGUCAACGUGUCCGAGCUGCGCGCCGGCUCAGCCUUUGUCGAAGACUCUUCGCGCGACCUCCGCGACGAGGCACAGGCGCUCCUCGACUCGCAGCUGCACCUCGACGUCCUCUCCGACGACAUCGUCUCGCGCCUCUCGUUCUUCACCCUCCUCCCCUACGCCACCGCCCUCCUCAGCUCGCCCGACCCGUCUGUCGUCCACUCGCAGGAGUUUCUCGACCUCCUCGACCAGCUCGAGAUGGCCCUCGUCUUUCUCCAGCAGCAGCCCGCCAGCGCCUACCGUGACGCCGCCCUCUACCGCAUGCGCUACGCCCAGUGCGUCACCCGAGGCGCCACCCUCGCCAAACUCGCAGUCUGCCGCGGAAUGCGCGAGGCGGGCGACGACCUCGCAGCGCGGGUCAAGGGCGUCGAGGAUGCCAGGACCGCCAGGGACAAGGACAAGGACAAGGGCAAGGGCAAGGGCAAGGAGAGGGAGACGCAGGGGGCGGCAGGCGAAGCAUCCCCGCUGCCCGACGAUCUGGUCGACGCCCUCUAUCCGAGCCAGUCGCCGCUCAUCACCAAGCUCCGUCCGCUCAUCCACGAGCUCGAGCGGAGGGCGUACCCCGCAGCCGUCGACCCGACGGACCCGGCCGCGGAUGGGGGCGACAGCAAGGCGGACAGCCCGCCGAGCAACGCGCCAGAGUUUGAGUCGCUGCUCGACGAGUGCAGAAGUGCGUGGUUCGCGGCGCGGAGGCCCAUCCUGACCAAGCUGGUCGGCUCGGUGAUCGCCGGCAUCGAGGCGGCUGCAGCCGCAGCAGCAGCGACAGCGAACGACGCCGCUGCUGGAGCCGACGCCGCUGGUAAGAGCCUAGAGAGACUCAGCGCCGACGGUCUGUCCGCGAUCCGCUGGCUGGUCGACCGCGAGAUCGAGGCGUACCGCGGCUUCUUCAUCGCGCCGGCUGGACGCAAGGCGACUCCGCUGGCCGCCGCCGCCGCCCCCCUCGAUGCCGAGCCUCAGCUCAAGGCCUACCUCCAGAGCUUCGUCGAUGCGCUGCAGAACCGCCUGCGUCCGCGCAUCCUCAAGGAGACGCGGGUCGGAGCCCUGGCCCGGGUCUGCCGCGUCUUCCUGGACCACCGCACGACGCCCGACCAGACCUCGGACCAGUCGCCGCUGGCCGCUACAUCGGUGCUGGCCCACUCGCUGCUGCACGAGACCCAGAUCCGCCUCAUCUUUCGCGCGCAGGCGGCCAUCUCUGGCGAGAUCGGCACUUUUGCACCCAAGGAGGACCGGGGCCACCUCGACUUUCCAGAGGCGAUCCACGCGAUCAAGUCGCGGGCGCGCAACUCUUCGUCCCUCGCAGUGCAGCGCACCAGCCAGCACCAGCGCGGCAAGAGCGGCGCAGGCCUGCUCGACGCCGCCGCCGCCAUGGCAUCGUCCGAGGCCACCGGGUCCACGUCUGCGUCCCGCGCAGGCAGGGACGGCAGCGAGCUGCGCCUGUUCCAGCUCGUCGAGGGGUCGCGCUCGUCGUACUACCCGCCCGUCGUGGCGCUCGUCGACCUGCUGGACCAGCUGCAGGGCCUGAUUGCGCCCAAGGCGUUCCGCGAGCUGGCCACCGAGGGCGUCGAGAGCUGCCGCAAGGCCGUCGAGCGGGGCAGCGAUCUGCUCGUCAAGCGGCGCAGGGGCGGCGUGGACCGCGAGGACGGCUGGCUCUUCUGCAUCCGGCACUACGAGAUCCUGCGCGAGGUCGUCGUCAGCGUCGACCUGGCCUCGCAGCAGCAGCAGGGCGGCCACGGUGCAUCUUCGACGACGGCCGUUGCCACCGCGGCCGCUACCGCCACCGCCGCAGCAGCCACCAAGGAGGAAGAGGAGGAGGCGCAGGCGGCAGCGACGAUGGCCGCGUCGAGGAGCAUCGUCGACCUCUCGAGCCUGACGGGCGCCAUCAACUCGCUGUGGAGCAGCACGGGCCGGCUGCUCUACCCUUCGUCCGACGUCGGACCGGCGCACGGUGCCGCUGGGGCGCGCGACGAUCCGCGGGUGAAUGCGAACCUCGAGGCGCAGCUGCGCUCCACGAUCGACGCCGUGGCGCAGCUGUGGUCGGACGCCAUCGUGCUGCCGCUGCGCGUCUACGUCGAUACGCACAGGGCGGCGGCGGCGGCCGCCGCCGCCCGGGAAAAGGUCGAGGGCACGCUGCAGGCGCUCACGACGUGCAUCGAGAGCGUGGCCGAGGAAAAGGGCGACAAGGCCCGCCUCUGGAUCGAGGACGACGAGGUCAAGCGCGGGCUCGUCGAGAUUGUCGUACAGAAGGUGCUCCUGCGGUAUCGCGAGUUUCUCGGGGCGCUCGGAGACCACGCGGGCCAGGUCGGGGCGCCGAGCGAGGACGAGGUGGCCGGACAGGUGCGGACCAGGUUUGCCGGCGGCGAUGACGAGCGGGCCGCAUAG